UAUUCUCUGUGUAUAGCCUCUGGCCGGAAGAGCUGGAUAUGUUGUCUGUGUGAUGGCUGUUUAUUGGAUGACGGAGGCUUGUCCAAUCGCCGCGACCGCUCUUCUUCCUAUUGUCUUGUAUCCUCUGUUGGGAGUGAUGAGCUCUACGAGAGCGUGUUCUAACUAUUUGAGAGACGGCAAUGCUCUUUUUCUUGCUGGUCUCGUUGUUGCUGUGGCGUUUGAGAGAUGGAAUCUUCACAAGAGGAUAGCACUGAGGGUUUUGCUGCUUGUGGGGACCAAGCCAAAAUGGCUGCUGUGCGGAUUUAUGGCAACAACAGCGUUUCUUUCUAUGUGGAUUAGUAACACUGCUACUACUGCUAUGAUGCUGCCCAUAGUACAGGCUGUACUCAAUGAACUAAAGAAUGAAGACAGCGGUUCGUCUGAUGUGACAUCGGAAAAUAGAGAACAAACUAUGGAGACAAACAUUGAUGAACCAAGAUACAGUCAUAGCACAAGCAACUCUGUGCAACAGCAACAAGAUAGCAACAGCCGCACAUCACCAUUGUCAACUGAUUUAAUAAUAACAGAGUCCAGUGAUAUAGACAAUUACAGCUCUACGGCAUCGUCUUCUAUGAAAGAAUCCAAGGCUUUUCUUCAUUGUGCUAAAGCUUUCAUGCUUGGCAUUGCAUAUGCCGCUAAUCUCGGUGGAACUGCAACUUUGACUGGGACAGGUCCGAAUAUUAUUCUUAGAGGAGAAAUCGACAGGAGAUUUCCUUCUGGUCCCGGUAUAGAUUUUGGGAAGUGGUUUUUGAUGGCAUUUCCCAAUAUGCUACUUUUGGUGAUCUUUGCUUGGGUCUACUUGUGUCUUCUGUACUUCUACAAUUGGAAACAGUGUUGCUCACCAAAGCUGUUUGCUUGUUUACGCUGUAACCAGGACAGCACAUCUCCUUUAAUAGAUAGGAGAGAAUCGCCUGUAGCACUUAGAUCAUUUUCUGGAAUCAUACAAGAAGAAUACAAAAAGUUGGGACCCAUCAAGUUUGCAGAAGUAGUUGUACUGAUUGAUUUUAUUGUGCUGGCAAUCUUAUGGCUGACAAGAAAUCCCGUGUGGUCAGACUUUUUUCCCAAAGACAAAGAUUGUCACAGUUUGGCAACUGAUACUACUGCUGCCAUGUUGAUGUGUUUUAUCUUAUUUGUUUUUCCAUCUCACUGGAGAAUUUCUUCUGACACUGAAAGAGGAAGGAGUGUUUCUGCACCAGUGCCAAGACUUUUGGAUUGGAAGUCUGUUGAGAAGAAUCUUCCGUGGGGCGUUCUUAUAUUGAUGGGAGGAGGAUUUGCAAUGGCAGAUGGCUGUGAAGUAUCUGGUUUGUCUGAUGUCAUUGGCACUCAGUUUAAAUCAAUAAUUGCUCUUUCUCCUUCAACGGUUGCAUUUCUUGUUUCUAUCAUAGUUGCAAUGGUUACUGAAGUUACUGCCAAUGUCGCAACUACAACCUUGUUUCUUCCCAUUCUGUCUGAUGUGGCUGUUACAGCAGGUCUUAAUCCAUUGCUUUUGAUGAUUCCUGCAACGAUUGCUGCUUCUUUUGCUUUCAUGCUUCCUGUGGCAACUCCACCAAAUGCUAUGGUAUUUUCGUCAGGACAUCUCAAGGUUCAUGAUAUGGUCAUGGCUGGGUUUGUGAUGAACAUUGUAUCUGUGUCAGUUACAAGCUUCUCAUUAAAUACAAUAGGCUAUGCUCUAUUUGAUCUUGGCUCAUUUCCUUCAUGGGCAAAUGGAACUUAUGUUGCCAACAGAACGUGUUGAUAGACUGUAGUGUGUCUAGAAUUUGAGAUAGUGUAAUUAUUUACUAUUAGUUGAUUAUUUUGGUACUUCUUAGAACUUUAUCUCUUUGGUUUGUGGACUAUUGUCAUUUAGUCAGAUUGUUUCUUCUAGAUUUUAAAAUUGCGGACGGCGAGAAUUGAA